AUGCUCGUCCUCAAGCGGUGGCUCCAUGUGUGGUACCUCGGGACUAUUGUCGAGGCGCUCGACGAUGACAUGGUUCUCGUGCAUGUCCAAGGCGACAGCAUCGAGAAGGAUGUCCCGAUGCCCAGGACGGCGCUGCUGCCACAAGAGUGCAUCGUCGCGCCGCCCCCUCGAGGCUGGUUUGCCCAGCGCAAUGACAUCGUCUACGUCUACGUAGCUGACUCGUCUUGCGCUCCCACGCUUCGAGAGCACGGGCUUCUUCUCGUGGGUACGGUCAUCGAGCGUAUUCCCCAGCACGACGCCGCGCUUCUCGAUGUUCUUCUGCCAGGACCCAACAACGUGCGCCGGUGCCAGCUUGGACUUGGCUUUCUCGGCCCUAUUACACUCGACACCUUCCAAGCGACGCGCGAGCGGCUGGAGCAGCUUCCGCACCACGCCACACCCGACGCUUUCCAGCACACUUGA